UCAAACAACUCUCUCUCUCUCACUCUCACUCUCACUCGACUCUCUCUCUGAGCUAUUGUGAUGGCGACGAUGUGGAUGAUUGUGUGUGCGACAAUUUUGGUGAUCGUCGGAGGCGCCAUGGGGGUGCAGCCGGCAUGCGACAAGGUCCGCUUCACCCCACUGCCCGACGCUGUUCAAAAAGGAACAGUCUGCAUUGAUGGCUCACCAGACGGAUACUAUCUGGUGCCGGGCUCAGGAGACGGAGCCCGAAAUUGGCUCAUAUAUAUCAAUGGAGGCGGGUGGUGCGAAAGCAUUCCCGCCUGUCGAGGCAAUUUUCAAAAAUAUUACGGGAAUAGCAGAAUAAGCUGGAGUAACAUUCCAAAUUCGAAUGGCACUAUCAGCAAAACCGAAGAUUUCACCGGCAUUCUAAGCGAAAACGAAGCCAUAAAUCCGGAUUUCUACAACUGGAACCGGAUUUACGUGACCUACUGUGACCAGGCAUCGUUCCUCGGAGACACUGUAGUUGAUGAUGGUCAAGGACCAAUAGUUCAAUUCAGAGGGUCGAGGAAUUUCGAUGCUCUGGUGGAGGAACUUUUGGCUAAGGGAAUUGGUGCCGGAGAGAAUGUUAUUCUUUCCGGUAGAUCGGCCGGAGGCCUAGCAACUAUACUACAUUGCGAUGGCUUCCGAGCACGUCUCCCUAACGUCGGCAGGGUGAAAUGCCUUUCCGAUGCCGGAUUUUUCAUCCGAGCUGAAAAUGUCGCGAAUGCCGACUAUAGGGACCAGUUUUUUGCCUCGACCAUCCAGCUCCACAAUAUAUCUAGCUUAUUGCCUGAGAAAUGCAGAAAAACAAGAGAUCCGAGUUUGUGUCUAUAUCCCGAAUAUCUAGUCGGGGACAUUCAAACUCCACUAUUUCUACUAAAUAGUGCAUUUGAUUACUUCCAGGUUGUAAGCAGAGUGGUGCCUCCAUCUACUCCUGAGGGGGUAAGAUGGCAAUCAUGUGUGACGAAAAACAUUAGUUGUACAACUGCUGAUAUACAACUAUUGAAUGAUUUUGGGGGUGCAUUUUUCCAAACUAUUAAUAAUCUCCCCUAUAAUCCUUCAAGAGGCAUGUUUAUAGACGCAUGCUUCGCACACUCAGUGGCAUAUCGUGAGCAGUAUUGGUCACCAAAUUCCACAGUCAAAUUGGAAAAUUUGACCAUAUUGGAGGCCUUUGGAGAUUGGUAUUUCGAUAGGAAUUCGAUUACCUUGAUCACCCCCUCUGCUUCUCGAGAGUUUUGUACUACUUGAUAUAUAUAUAUAUAUAUAUAUAUAUAUAUAUAUAUAUAUAUAUAUAUAUAUAUUAAGAAUUUUAAUAUGAAAUUAAUUGCAACUUUUAUUAGUGUUUUGGGCAUCAAAUA